AUGAUAGUACACUGCGUUCUUCUCCUGCUGACAAAGAGCGGCGUCCUGUCAAGCUGUGGUCUGGAGAAUUAUACUCUUUAUCUGGAGCAACAUGAAUGUGGCAACUGUAUGGUCAUCAACACGACCAUUUGUAGUGGUCGAUGCUUCACUCAGGACACCAACAUUCGAGGGCUUGUAGGAAAGUAUUUUCUGAGACAACAGAGCUGCGUGCAUCGUUCUGUGGUGUAUAGUUCUGUCAUGAUGCCUGGCUGUCCAGCACAUAUUGACCCUUUGUUCUUCUACCCCGUGGCCCGCCGGUGCCGCUGCAAAAAGUGCAACACCAUCAGAAACGAGUGCGUCCACAAGUCCAGAUGGAUCAAUAAAUGCUCCAAACACCUACAGCUUGGUUAA